AUGACACCAACGCACGAGCUGUACAUCCCCAUCUCGGGGCUCGGCCUAACCCCAACAUCCUGCUCGCACUGGUCCUUCUUCCUGCGCACGCCGGGCGCCUCCUACGGCGACCUUCUACACAUCCAACCGAUCUCUCUCUCUCCGCUCUGGUUCCAGUUUGACGCGUGCGAGGGGAUCGACAUCUCCUCACUCCAAGCGGAAGGGAUGGUGAAGAUCGCAGACCUUACGUCAGAGCAACGACGGCACGCUGUCAAGAUCAUCCGCUCGGAGCCUGCACCUAGAGACGGCAAGAGACGCUGCCAGGAGUGGGUUGUUGAUGUGCUUGUUAGUCUGGAGGUGGAGGAACUGGUAACCAAGACCUUAGACAUUGGACAAGCGUCUUCUAACAGUGCUGGCGUCCGUACAUAA